AUACUGUAUGAUCAUACCGUUCCGCAACAUGUAGAACAUGAUGCUGUUUAUUAUUAAUUAUUUAAAAUACGAAAGCAGGGCAUCCAUCCAACAAUACAUCAAUACAUUCGAGUAAUGAACGGAGCUGGGGCAUUCAAAGGGUGUUUCGCUUUCAACUUUUUUUCGUUUGUCCCACCUACCGACCCGUCUGCUUACCUUCACAUGUGCAGAGACGCAGCUAGCUGGCUAUUUUGCUUGUUUGAAAUGAGUUGGCGAGUUUAGCCAGCUAGCUAAUAAAAACGAUUAGCUAGUAACUUUUAAACUCAUCAACAAACCAGGUUGUCGUGAGUUUCGCUACUCUGUGAAGAAGACUGAUCGAAGCUGAGAUGAACCAAUUUGAACAUCUGAAAGACGACGACCCAGAGGAUCAGGAUGAGACUGUCUGUAACCAGGAGGAAGACGGCUCCAUCAACAACAACCGACGCAAGACGGUGAGUCCUGCCGCAGGCGAACACCCUCUACAGUAUAACUACUCCCUGUGGUAUUCUCGGAGGACUCCGUCCCGGCCCGCCAACACACAGAGUUAUGAACAGAACAUCAGACAGAUCGGCACCGUCGCCUCGGUGGAACAGUUCUGGAAGUUUUACAGUCACCUGAUGCGACCGGGAGAUCUGACUGGCCACUCCGACUUCCACUUGUUUAAAGAGGGAAUCAAACCCAUGUGGGAGGAUGAAGCCAAUAAGAACGGUGGGAAGUGGAUCAUCAGGCUGCGGAAAGGUCUGGCCAGCAGGUUCUGGGAGAACAUUAUUCUGGCCAUGUUGGGAGAACAGUUCAUGGUGGGAGAGGAGAUCUGUGGAGUGGUGGUCUCUAUACGCUUCCAGGAAGACAUCCUGUCUAUAUGGAAUAAGACGGCCAGCGAUCAGGUGACGACAUCUAGAAUCCGAGACACUCUUCGACGUGUCCUGAACCUCCCUCCCAACACCAUCAUGGAGUACAAGACACACAACGACAGUCUCAAGGAUAAUUCCAGCUUCCGCAACACAAAGAUCACCCUGUGAAGAGAGACGGAGGAGAACCACCUGACCGUAUCUGUUUCCUCUGGGACCAUAACAUCUCUCUCCCUGCCUCCCGUUCUCUCUCUCUCUCUCCCUUCCUCCCGUUCUCUCUCUCUCUCCCUGCCUCCCGUUU